AUGGCCAAAUACUGCUUCUCGCUGGGCAUGUCCAUGAAGCGGGUAGAAGUGAUCGCCGACGACGAGGACGAGAUCAUCGAGGCAUGCACGCGCAUGUCCAAGAACUACGACUUUGUUGUCACCUCCGGUGGGAUCGGACCUACACACGACGACAUCACGUACGCCUCGAUCGCGAAAGCGUUCGGGCUGGAGCUGAAACUGCACGACAAGACGAUGGAGAAGAUGCGGAGGUUGUCUCGGCCGCACAAGUCGCAGCCGAAUUUUGACUGGGAUACACCUUCGCCGGCGCUCAAGGCCAAGAUGCGUAUGGCUGAGUUGCCCUGGGAUCCUAAAAAGGCGGAGGAAGAGCAAGUGCUGUUUCCCAAUGAUGCCCUUUGGGUGCCGAUCAGUGUCGUCAACAACAAUAUCCACAUCCUGCCCGGCGUGCCGCGGCUGUUCGAGGCGUUGUUGAACAGCUUGCGGCCGUUACUGGUUCCAAGACUUGAGGACCCAGAUGGGAAGGGCACGUACCGGAUGAUGUUUAGCACGCCGCUGGCGGAGAGUAGCGUGGCGGGGUAUUUGACGGAGCUGGCGGAGAAGGUUGGGCCGAAGGGAGUGAAGGUCGGGAGUUAUCCCAGAUGGGGGAAGAAGAGGAAUGUGGUUACGCUAGUGGGGAGUGAUCGGGAGUAUAUGGACUCAUUAGAAGAGGAGGUAGCGAAGGGGGUGGAAGGGAAGAGGGUGCAGGUGGAAGGGGAGGACGAUACGGAUCAGGAGGAGGAUAUAAAGAAAGACAAGGAUGCAUAG